AUGACAUCUGUGAAUCCUUCUAACACUGCAACUCGUUCCGCGUCUCAACAACCAACUGUUCCAUCAACAGCCCAACAACCAACUGUUCCAUCAACAGCCCAACAACCAACUGUUCCAGCAACAACAGCUCAACAACCAACUGUUUCAUCAACAGCAGCACAACAACCAACUGUUCCAUCAACAGCAGCACAACAACCAACUGUUCCAUUAACAACUCAACAGUCUUUCGACCAACAACCAACUGUUAGCACUAAUGUUGCUCAACAACCCACUGGUGUAGGUGGCGUUUCUGUACCACAAGUUCCAUGUUUUGGUCGAGGCCAAGGUCGUGGUCGUGGUUUUACAUCAGGCGGUCCAGGAUUAUUCGAAGUUUCUCCAGAAGGUGAAAUUCUUCAUGAAGGAAUACCACAAAGUAAAGAACUUGAACAUCUUGCUCAAUUAAAAGAGAUUGCAUCCGAACAUGCCCGUCAAGAGUCUUUAGGCGCUUAUGGAAUCCCUAAAGGCAGUGCUGCUAGUCUCGCGCGUAUCAAAGAAACUGGUAUUCCUCCAUUGUCAGUUCAGGGUAUGGUCGCACCUGCAGACACAGUUAAUGAAGAUGAAUUGGUUAAAGAACUUAAGGAAGAAGCGGAACAACGACGCAUAUACGAAUCGACACAUAUGGGACGUGUUCCUGUAGUUGGACCUGCAAAUAAAGUCGCUGAAGCUGCCGAAAAACUUGAACAUGUAGUAAAAAUUAAUAAAGGUGAAGAAAUUUCACCUAUUGCCCAAUAUCGAAAACCUAUAAUUGCAAAUAAUAACCGUUCAAGGGCAAUAAUUACAACUUCUAUUUCUGAACAAGGUGAACUACUUCAUGAAGGUGUUGCGCAUAGCAAGGAAUUGGAUCACCUUGCCCAAUUGAAGGAAGUUGCUGCGGAGCAUGCUAAACGUGAAGGUACGGUAGCCGGUGUUCCUCGUGGAAGUACUACCUCGGUUGCUCAAUCCGCUAUGGGUAAAUAUGCCACUGCUUUAAGUGAAGAAAUUGGUGUUCCAGCAUUAACUGUUCAAGGCAUGGUUUCUCGCACGGGUCGUCCUGUUGAUGAGCGUAAAUUAGCAGAAGAGUUGAAGGAAGAAGCACAGCAACGUGCAGAUUAUGAGAUGAAGUUCUUUGGCAGCGUUUCAUCUACGGGACCUGCAGCAAAGGUUGAAGAAGCUGCGGAAAAACUAGCUCAAGUUCUGAAAAUCGAUGAUGUCCAAGUCCCAACAAGCGUUCCUGAUCAACCAAUAACUGACACUUCAUCCGGACGACCACAAGAAAAAACUGACUCAUCCAGUCAACAAUCUGUGCAACGAAGUAUUUCCGCUUCGCGAACUACUGCUGAUGAGCCGCAAAUUAACGAAUAA